AUGGCAAUCCUUUCACAACUGGACGACGAUGUCUAUGCCCUGACGCGGACUUCAGGCAUCAAUUCUAAGACGCCUGUCGCAGACAUUUUUCAGGACCAUCGUCGGAUUCUAUUCGGUUCAACGCCCACUUGGCUGAUGUGGUCUGAGUUACGACGGCGGUUUCAGGGGCCUUUAGAGGGCGUCGUGGAACUUCAGCAGGCGCUUCGUCUUCUAGGACGGCAGGCCUACUCUCUUCGGCAGCCGCCGAUCCCGAAAAAAACACUCCUCGAGCACUUCAUGGAUGGUGUUUCGGGCACGGAGGUUCCCAAAUCAUUCCUCCGUCAACAGCCGUCCAAGUUUGACGACGCUCCUCGCCUUGCCCAGCAAGAAGAGGCGCUCCAGGCCGCUUGUGCCACCACGUUGGAGUAG